AUGGGUAAAUAUCUUGUCAAACUCAUUGGGUCAGGCAUUGGCCUCGCCUCUGAAGCCCUCUCCUCAGCCCGCAACAAGUCAGCCGAAUACACAUCCCAUGAUGACCACUCCCCCUCGCGAAAUCUCACCAUGGAUCAAAGCCACGAAUUCGUUUUCGCCGACGCAAAUACGGCCGAAGCACUUGUCGUCCAAGGCUACGCGGAGCUGCCGACUCCUGCUGAGCAGGACAUUUACGAACAAUAUGCAGAAUUAGCCGCCGACACUGAAAUAGCUCACUAUAAGAAUACGGACCUGUCUGUUGUUCCCGAAAAUGAGCAGGGUGAAUCUACCGAAGCUCACGCUGCAACAAUCGAAAAGGAAACCAGCCCAGCCCCCGGGAUAAGACACAACUGGGAUGCAUAUAGCGAGUCAAACUACUCUGUCAAUUUGGAGCGCCAGAUCGAUCAGACUGAGGCAGCCUGGAGGAUGGAUGAGACAUCCUACCAUGAUUCGCCGCCGAGCUACGAAGAAUCGGAAUUUCCACCUGGUGUCGCCUAUGAAAAUGAACCGAACCAGGCACAAAAAAUGAGUGUACCACGUGAACAUGUGCCAAUUACCGGGACAGUCCAGUACAUGCAGCCAAUCCAUGUCGAUGUCAACCAGCCAGCCAGCCAUCCAAGCAACGCUGCCCAAUACCCUCAUAACUCCAUUGAUGCACCCAAGGUCGCGCCGUUGGUAUUUUCCGAUCUUGACCAGGAAGCCAAAUAUAUACGGUGCGCUCCGGUUACUCCUCAGCCAAACCACACAGAGCUUGUCUCGUCUCACCAAAAUGAGAGGCACCCAUGUUGCAAUGGAAAGCUGAUCUCGGUGCUCACGGGAGGCAGGAUUGGGAACAAGCCAGGCUUGAUUGAGCGAGCUGCGAAUUCCAUCAAAAAAUCCGAGAAUACCAAUUCGACAGUGAUUUCAGGAAUGACAAAGGGUGCAUUGGGAAGUGAGCCGAGUCUGGUCGAGCGUGCUGCGACUUAUGUUCAGGAGUCUCAAAGGGCCAAGCGAAUUCCUCGGUGUGAAGCUCAAUGCAGAAUUAAGGAGCAAUGGCAGAGACACCGAAACAUGUAA